UUUCCUCUCUGGACUCUUCACCACAGCAGCCACAGUCUCUGACAGUGGGGUGAGGAGGGACAUGGAGGAGAUAUUCAAAGCGUCUUCCUCCUCCUCCUCCGUCUCCUCACUCUGAUCCAGAACUCCAUCAAACAGCUCGUUGAUAACUGCAGAGUUGAUGGACUGGUCCACGUUCAUCUCUCUCUCCGUGACCACUUCCUCUUUUUCUGCUGUUUCAUCAGUUGCUUUCUCUUCAGUAGGAACAAUCCUUAGAGGGCUGGAUGUUAUUGCUGGAGGCGAGACCGCCAACACAGGACCUGCUGUUUGACAGUUUGUUACACACCUAUAAAAAGAAGGACUUCAUUUCCCAUCAGCGUCUGUGAGGGUUGCGUAGGCAACAGCGGAACCAUGGAAACAGAGCACGCUGCUAAGGUUGAGCCUGACGGAGGAUGCUGGAGUCAAUAAAAGUAACAGAAAAACUUCACUGGCCAGAAGUAGAAAUGUCCAAAAAGUACAUUUUAAACUCUACUGACAAGGUACUGAGUCCAAGCCAUGUAAACCUGGAUAAGAUGUCAUCCAGUGUCCUUAAAGACCUCUUCAGUACUGGCUCCAGCAGCUCAUGCAUACGGCUGCAGGCGGAGGAGGAAGAGUGGGAGAGCCCAAAACAGUAUCUGUACAAGAAGCCAAAAACAUCAGUGAAAUGUGCUACCACACUUGGUAAAAGGAACCAUCCAGGCAUGGGUUUUAAAAAGGUGCAUGCUCAAGAAGGUUGCGGUAAACCUGCACAGACAAGUUGUGUCAUCUCAGGUUCCAACUCCAGUUUUUCUAAACCAACACGGAGUAUCGCAGUAGUGGGCAGCACUAUGAGCCUCACCCCUCGUACAGUCCCAAAACUCAGGAAGAUGUGCCUCCCCAAUUCGCUUCGCACCAAACCUCGAUCACUGCAUAAAGCAGCUUUUGCGGGGGAAGUGGAAAAUGCCAAGAAAAUCUGCAUCCUUACAGCAAUCAAGCCUUCUAAUGUGGAGAAAGAGAAGGUCAAGUUUUUUAAGUCUGACUUCAACUACAAUCCCCAGUUUGAGUAUAGCAACCCCAUCUCUCCGCUUGUCUUGGCACGGCAUAAUAAUUCCUCAGAUCGCUUCCUGACACAGGCAGUCCACAUCAUGGAGCUUGCGCUGCAGCGAUAUGGCAGCUAUGAGAAGUUUGAGCAGGUCACUGGGGGUAAUCUCCUCACCAAGAGUCGCAUCUGGCACAAUGUCAAGAAAUACAUGGAGAAGGAAGGCUGCGUGGGGGAGAUAGUUGUCCAGGUGACAGAUGACCUCCUGUCGAGAGCCUCCAUGACAGUCGUGAACAGCAGACCUACACUUACCAUCAACAUUUCCACUGCGCGGGAGCACUGGCUGGAGGGCAUGCUGAGGCAUGAGAUUGGGACACAUUAUUUCCGUGGAAUCAACAACUGCCACCAGCCAUGGAGCAGCAGUGUGGGAAGGAAAAAGCACAACUUGAAGCCCCUGAAUCCAACAGAGGAGGGCCUGGCCAGCAUCCACAGUGUGCUGUUCAGGAAAGACCCCACUCUGUGGCGUGCUGCCCUUCUAUACUACACUGUCUACCAGGCCAGCCAUAUGUCCUUGUCUAAGCUCUUCCACAACCUGGGACGCUUCGUCCAGGACCCCAACACCCGUUGGGACUAUUGUGUCAGGGCCAAGAGAGGCCAGACCGAUACAGCACAGCCAGGGUGCUUCAGUAAAGACCAGGUCUACCUUGAUGGCAUCCUGAAGAUCCUGAGAUACAGACACAAGAUCAACUUCCCGCUGCUGAUGGCUCUAGGAAAGGUGUCAUUCGAAGAUCUGGACCGCCUGAAAGCAGUGGCUCAGAUGGAGAACAUCCGCAUCCCUCACUUCAUGCAGGACCAGGCGAGGUAUGCUGAUCAACUGACCAAAAUCAUGACGGUCAACCAGCUGACUGAUGAGGAGCUCAAGACUAUCAUCUGAGCCUGUUUCAUUUUGCCUGCACAAUCCUGAUCAGGCCUGAAUAAAUGCUGCCAACUGCUUUCAGCUGUCGCCUGCAUGCCCCUAAAACCACAUGCACAUGGUGCAUUGUAGAAGUGUGUGACUUGAUCUGGAUGCUAUAUUGUAUGUACUGCAGGCCUUUGUUAGAUUCUCUCAUAAUUAAACAUAGGUUUUUAACCAAUAAUUCAUCCACUGGUGCAGUAGAUCACCCAAUCAUUACAGUGGGUUGUGUUUAGGGCUGAAUGAAAUUCAGGAAUGUGAACAUUGUAUAUAUAAAAUUGCAAAUACAAUACCUGUAUUACUUCAUUCAUACAAAAAAACAAAACAUUUUACUUUACUUUCUAUGAAAUUACCAGCCAACUAUGAUUCUUUCUUGACGGUUUCUGAUGCUCCAUUUGGUUUGUGUCAGUAGCCACAGUAGUAGUUUACAAACUACUUUUUAUUUUAUAUAAAGACCCUAAAUAUGAGCUUAGCUGAUCCUUGGUUUUUGGGCUGGUUAAUAAUUUUUCAGAACUAGUUUGUAAGACAUGCUGUCUGAUAACACCAGAAAUCAAAGGCAGUGUGGUCUUUCCUGAAAAGCCUGUUGUCAUAAAGCUGGCAUAAGACCCAGUUGAGCAACAAAUUCACAAAGAGGGUGAGAGAGAGGGAGGUGUGUUGCCUGACUGCCUCCUCACAUGCUUUCCAAAAGCUAUCCAAACAUCCAGCAGUUUAAAAUGAGUAUUAAACCCAAAUUCCGCUUAAAUGGAUAUUUGAUAUUCUAAUACACACAACAAUUAUACAUCACAUGAACAGGGGAAUCCCUCAGUUGUGACUUGCAAGUGCUUUGUGGUGGAAUAUGUAUAUUAUGGUGAGAUUGUUUGUUAUUUAAUUGUGGGUGCCUAGUGGUGCAGCCACCACUUGGCAGUGCAUUGCAUGGCGCGUUGCCACUACAUAUGUUGUAACUACAUAUUACUAUUCGGUGGUGUUUCUUAUUCUUAGUUCCGCUGCCAAAAAGUUCGGCGCUCUUCUCAUCCAACAAAUUUUGUCGCACAUUCACGAGACCUAUAAUUAAACCUGCGGAAUUACGUCAAAUGGUGUGCUAUUACUUUUAUAAGAAUUCCAACAGUUCGCUCAAAAGAUCGAGAUAACGCAACCGAAAACGACGAAUGGGACUCAAGGUCUCUCUAUCAAAAGAGCGAGAGGCUGAAAAACUGUGUUUGAAGGGCCUUCUUUCGUCACUAAAACUGCUCUCAAAUCCCCAAACGGAGGUCCUCAGACAGGAUUUUUUGAUAUUUUAUGUCGUGAGAAUGUUUCCUUCGCACACAUGUCACUCUCAAAUCUCUCGGACCUAUGCUUAUAUCCGCCACGAGAAAUCAAGGAAUUUCCCAUUCCGGAUCCUUCUCCCAAUAAUAUAUCUGGUUGUAGUGUCAAGCCUUGUGAUUCUCAAAAUGUUUUCAUUUUCCAGAUAGGACUUAUAGUUUUUGAGUAACAAGUAUUUGUUUGAUGACGGCGUUAGAGUGUGGAAAAAUUUCUCUUCCAUUUAAACUAAUGAUAAUUUUAGGAGAAUUUAUGAAAUGAGAAGUACGUUUCUAAACUGCUCACAUGGCCUCAUUUUUCUCUGCUCUAAACAAUAACAUAGAUAUGUACUUGUUUGCCAAGCUUUCUGAUUCUCACGGUGUUUUCAUUUCUCGGAUAGGAGCUAUAGAUUUUGAAUUGCAGCAUUUUGUUCGGGACCUUCUCCCCAGGUCCAAUCUGUCACUGUCUCUGUGUCACAGGUGCGUCGUUAGUGAAGUUACACACGCUGAUGAGGGGGGCCAGAGGGGGAAAGGGGGACAGUGGAUUCUUUAAAUAUACACUUCAAAGGUGUUGAUAAGCUUUGUAGGUGGUGUAGUGAGCAGAGCAGAGGUAUAGACACCCAGAGGUGGUGAGUUAAAAUCCUGGUGAGGGCAGGAGUCAAACAUUGUUUUUCAGAAGGGGACUAUUGAACUCUUUAAAUAUACAACCCUCAAUGAUUUGAACAACAAUGUGAUUGGCCCUUCAUCAGAUUCAUGUAUUAGUGUGUAUGGAGUGAUAGGGAUAGCGCCACCUAGUGGUCGGUGUUAAAAUGAAGUUGUAUUAAUCGACCCCAAAUCGCACACACUUCAUCAGAUUCCUGACCUGAACAGAUAUAUUAGUGUGUAUGCAGUGAUAUUGAUAGCGCCACCUAGUGGUCAGUGUCCCUCUUUCCAAAAAACAGAAAGUCUCAUUUCGAGCCGGCAAAAUCCUAGGCACCCAUUUAGAAAUUUCUCGGCAGGAGGAAUUUUCUAGUAUGUUUUGGGAUUUCCAAUCUCAAGUUUCUUGCUAUUUCUUGGCCAAAAUAUACCAACACAUAUACCAAUAAAAGGCUGUCACUCUUUUGUUUUCCAAAUUUAAACCACCCUUAAAACAUGGUUAAUAACACAGCCCAUGUCUUUUCUAGUUUGUUUGUUCUAGGGCCAGAGGUUUCACAGGGAGUGACUCACAUGCACUAACACACGUGCAUAUGAACAUGCUCCUGGAGCAGCCACUAAUUCAAACAACAGAGACGCUUACGAAAGAAGAAGUUUGACUUUUCUCUGCUCAGGUUACCAUUACUCCUUUGUUUCUUUCAAGAUAGACUAGUUAUAUGUUCUUUAAAAUUUUGUAACCAUAACACCAUAGAUGAUUUUUUUUUUUUUCUGGUUCGAAAGGUAGUUUUAAAUAGUUCAAAUAGUUUUAUUUGAAGAAAACAGAUUGUUCAAAUUCCAAGUUUAAAGAAAUAACAACCUUAUAAUAUAAAUGUAUCUGUCUUCAUCAAUGAUAAGCUAAUAAGACUUGAUGUGACAAUGUAUAUCUGCUGUAAUUUUAAUACUGUCCCCAAGCUUUUUAACCUGACAGUGAAAUCCUAAAUAGCUGAAUGCUUAAAUGUGUGUGGACUCUGGUGUGUGAAUAUGGUAAAAUGUGACAUAUGAAACAUCCAUGAGUUUUAGCUUUAUAUAACACUAAGAUAUGGAUUAUUUGUCUCUCCUGCAAGUGUACUUACCUACAGUAGUGUUCUGUAUCUAUCUCUGGGGUGAAGAUGAACACUUUCUUGUACUUAGUUUUCUGUUGUAGUGUAUGUAGUGUUGGGAUUUAAAACUGACAUUUGUUGCUCGAGAGAAUAACGGUGAAAACAGGGUGAUGCAGCACUGUCACAUGCAGGAUUGCUUAUUAAAGCAGAACCUGUCGAGCACCGUUCUUGUGAAACUUUGUGUGACGAUUUGAAGAUGUGUUCAGUGAAGCCCUAGUUGUCUAAUUGCACUGACUUGAAGCCCUGUUAGAAUAUUUGCACUUUCUUACCUUGGAUCUACUUGUUCAACCGCACUGACGUAUGCAGCUACAGACUGAUCUGUUUGAUGCCUUCUGGAUUUACUGUAAUACCCGAAGUGUAAUCAUUUUAUGUUGCUAAUACCUAGGAUGACCUGAUGCAAGGAGCAUGUAUGAAGCUCUUUAAGACCUCUUAAAUGGUACAGUUUAAUAACA